UUGAGAUUGGUGAAACUGGCAGUGGCGUCUCAGGUUUUACAAACAUUGAAAUAAAGACGGCUAAAGGAUAAAAUUCUAAAGAAUGGUUUACCCAAAGCAUCAGAAAGGAAUAUUUGGCUCAAUUCUUUAUUCCCUUCAAAUCCAAUACACCUAAGGAACUUGCUUUUUUCAAGUAGCCAUCUUUUUUAUCAACUUCUCUUCUCCAUCCUCCAGGUACCAGGGAAGAACAUCAUCUGGUGCACAUAAAGAUUGAAAAGCGUUGAUACAGUUCUGUGUUCCUUCUAGAUUUUUGUGGUACUGUAUCAGGGUUGAUGGGGGAUUCUUCUGCAAGUUCAAACAGGGUUAAGCUUCGGGAUGGGAGAUAUUUAGCUUAUAGAGAAACAGGAGUUCCAAAGCAAGCGGCCAAAUACAAAAUCAUUCUUGUUCAUGGCUUUGGAAGCUCCAAAGAUAUGAACUUCUCUGCCUCAAAUGAGCUAAUAGAAGAGCUUGGGGUGUAUUUUUUAUUCUACGACCGUUCUGGAUAUGGAGAAUCGGAUUCAAACACGAAACGCUCAUUGCAAAGUGAAGUUGAUGACAUAGCAGAACUUGCAGAUCAGUUGGAGUUAGGACCUAAAUUUUACCUAAUUGGAGUCUCCAUGGGAUCUUAUCCUACUUGGGGUUGCCUAAAACACAUUGCUCACAGGCUAUCUGGCGUGGCUUUUGUUGCUCCGGUGGUAAAUUAUCGGUGGCCCUCGCUUCCUAAGAAGCUAAUCAAGAAAGAUUACAGGAGAGGUAUUAUCAAAUGGGGUUUGAGGAUAUCGAAAUAUGCACCAGGACUGUUACAUUGGUGGGUUAUUCAAAAGCUCUUCCCAUCAACUAGUUCAGUUCUUGAAAGCAAUCCGGUCUACUUCAACAGCCAUGACAUGGAGGUGCUUAAGCGAACUACUGGCUUCCCCAUGCUUACUAAGGAUUCGCUACGGGAAAGAGAUGUUUUCAACACACUAAGAGACGAUUUCAUGGCUUGUUUCGGGCAAUGGGACUUCGAACCCGCAGAUCUAAACAUUAGUAAAGAGAGCUGUAUUCACAUCUGGCAUGGGAAGGAAGACAAAGUUGUUCCAUUCCAACUUCAAAGAUGCAUCUUGCAGAAGCAACCUUUGAUCAACUACCACGAAAUCCCGCAAGGCGGACAUUUAGUCGUACACUACGAUGGCGUUUGCGAUGCAAUUCUACGCUCACUAUUGGAUUCUUGAACUCACACAACACCACAUUAGAUGAAAACAUGUACAGAAAAAAAAAAAAAAAAA